ACUGCAGUCCUGCAGGGGCUACUCAAAGGAGGAAGGAGACGUCAGAUGAACCCAUAGGAUCAACCGAUAGCAUCUCUGUAAUAAGCGGGGACAAAACCCGGACAUACCUGGGACUGCGGGUCCCUGCACAAGUUUAGAGGUCGUCGAGGCACGUCAGUAGCAACAGUACGAUAUUUAACAGGGCAUGUCCACGUCCGUCACCUUUUAGCAGCGUCCCCGUGGCCAGAGCUCCCUGUCUCUCCACACCAGCAGUGACAGACAGCAGGACACUGAUCGGACCCGUCAUGGCUGCCAGGCUGCAGAACGCUGCAGCUGUUUCAAACAGCUCAGCUGAAAACAAAAAAACAGAUGUGAGGACCAAAGAGAAGAAGUGCUCUUGGGCCUCCUACAUGACCAAUUCUCCAACCCUGAUAGUGAUGAUUGGGUUACCUGCUCGGGGGAAGACCUACAUGUCCAAGAAGCUGACGCGCUACUUGAACUGGAUCGGAGUGCCAACGAAGGUCUUUAAUCUUGGGGUGUAUAGGAGGGAUGCUGUGAAGUCAUACAAGUCCUAUGACUUCUUCAGACAUGACAACGAAGAAGCAAUGAAAAUUAGAAAACAGUGUGCCCUUGUAGCACUGAAGGACGUCAAAACCUACCUGAGCGAGGAGGGAGGUCAGAUUGCCGUUUUUGAUGCCACAAACACCACGAGAGAGAGGAGGAACCUCAUCCUUAAGUUUGCACAGGAUAACGCCUACAAGGUGUUUUUUGUUGAGUCAAUAUGUGACGAUCCAGACGUCAUCGCUGAAAAUAUUAUGGAAGUGAAGGUGUCCAGUCCAGAUUACCCUGAGAGGGACAGAGAAAGUGUCAUGGAUGACUUCCUGAAGAGAAUCGAGUGUUACAAAGUGACCUACCAACCUUUAGAUCCUGACCAACAAGACAAAGACCUGUCCUUCAUCCAAGUCAUCAACGUCGGCCGCCGUUUCUUAGUCAACAAGGUGCAGGACUACAUCCAGAGUAAGAUCGUCUAUUACCUCAUGAACAUCCACGUCAAUUCCCACUCUAUCUACCUCUGCCGGCACGGGGAGAGCCAACACAACGUGGAGGAACGCAUCGGAGGUGACUCUGAGCUGUCAGAGAGAGGGAAGCAGUUUGCCACAGCGCUGAAAGGUUUCGUGAAUGAGCACCAGCUGUCGGACCUUAAAGUUUGGACCAGUCAGCUGAGGCGAACCAUUCAGACAGCUGAGGAGCUGGACGUCCCCUAUGAGCAGUGGAAGAUACUUAACGAAAUCGAUGCUGGUGUGUGUGAGGAAAUGACCUAUAGCAUGAUCGAGGAAAAGUACCCAGAGGAAUUUGCCAUGAGAGAGCAGGACAAGUAUCAUUAUCGCUACCCAGGAGGGGAGUCUUACCAGGACCUGGUUCAGCGACUGGAGCCAGUUAUCAUGGAGCUGGAGCGACAGGGCAAUGUUCUGGUCAUCUGUCAUCAGGCGGUCAUGCGCUGCUUGCUCGCCUACUUCUUGGACAAAGGAGCAGAUGACCUACCAUACAUGAAGUGUCCUUUACACACUGUCCUCAAACUCACCCCGGUGGCUUACGGUUGUAAAGUGGAGAUGUUUGACCUGAAGGUGGAAGCUGUCAACACUCACAAAGACAGACCAUUACAGAAGAAAGUCAGAAAGAACACCAUGCCACCGCCUUUCGUGCGCAGGAACAGUUUUGAUCCGCUGUCCACCCAGGAUCAGAUUAAGCGUCCUCGUCUCUACAGCGUGGGAAACCCACAACACUCCCACACGUAUCAUAGUCCUACUUUUCCCAGCUUGCGGUUUUCUGAUAUGUUUGAGGCAGCUGAAUUACUACAGAAAGAGGACUCUACAAAUGGCUGCAAAGCCCCAAACACGGAAGAUGGAGAGAAGGUCCUAAAAAGCACAUGAAGAGGUAUUUUCCUUCUAUCUACAGCGUGAAACAUCUGUUCCCCUUCUCCUCCCUUCAGCAUAGCCAUUUUUGCUUUUGUAAGUUGGCUUUGUUAGCCAGCCAGUCUAUCUACUGUAUCACAGCUUAGAUCUGUGUAACCAUGACAGCGAUUCUGGGUUAAAUGUUUUAUUUUAACAUGCAUUUGAAUGUGCUUUUGUGAUUAUCUUUCAAUUUGGACUGUGAUUAUUUUAAAAUACAAAUUAAUUAUUAAAUUAUGAUAACGAUUUAUAAUAAAAUGAAUCUCAUUUUAACACCCCAAAGUGUAAUUUAAGUGUUAUUGCAGAAAAUCUUCACAGAUAGAUUUUAUAUUAAAAAUACCUUUGGUUUCUCUGGAGAAAGCCAUGCACAGCUCUUAUUUGUCUUUAUAAAAGCUUUAUUUGUAACUUUUCUGUGGAAAUAUUCCAAAACAACAUGUGUCCUUCCUCUAGUGUAUGACGGACUUUUAUUUUUGACUGAUUUAACUCAGAAAAUGGCCAUUUCUUUUGCAAUGUGCAGACAAAAGCUGUAAAAACUAAAUGAAAUGUUCUGUCUAGCCUUAUGAAAAAAAGAGGCUUCUGUGACUCCUUUUAAUUUGUGGUGAAUGUUCAUUUAUUUUACAUCUGUGUUUUUGUCUUUAAAUAAUGUUGUCCACAUUUCUUCAGUAAAAUAAAAGUUAAAAACAUUUAAAGUCUACCACGCUGCUCCGUAUUUCUGGAUUUUUACUGAUUAUGGUGAUUUUUUUAUAUUGGUGAUUGGCAAAAGUGCCUGUAUUUGACUACUUACAAACAUUUUAUGGCAGACAAACAUUCCCUGAUGAAAAGCUUUAUUGUAAUUCAGUGCACAAUUUACCAAUAAAUGGAAUUUUAUAAGAA